ACACCUCCUUCUGAGCCUUCCGAUGCCUCUACGUCACUACCGGAAGUGACGAGUGUACCUUUGCCCUGGAUUCUCACUUCCUGGUCCCAGUUACCUUGACCUUGCCAUGAAAGCCUAGAGACUGAAGGAUACUGCACCCCCUCCAGCUCGUGCACUGAGACUUGCAAUGGUCGUCCUGUCUAAAGAACAUGGCUACGUGCUCCUGACUGGUGCAGCCAGCUUUGUAAUGGUUGCACACCUUGCAAUAAGUGUGUCCAAAGCCCGCAAGAAGUAUAAAGUAGAGUAUCCCAACCUAUAUAGCGAUGAUCCCGAAAAUGGCAAGAUUUUCAACUGCAUCCAGCGGGCCCAUCAAAACACUCUAGAAUCAUAUCCUGCUUUUCUGUUUUUUCUUGCUGCUGGAGGACUUACACAUCCACGUGCUGCUAGUUUGCUUGGUGUUACCUGGAUUGUUGGCAGAGAGCUGUAUGCUGCUGGAUACGCUACAGGAGUUACUCAUUGUGAGUUGUGGACACCUACAGGAGAGAUCGCUUAUCCAGAUCCAAAGAAACGUGCUAGAGGAGCCAUUGGGUCUAUCGCUCUGUUCGGUCUCUUUGGCUCUACUGUAUGUUCUGCAUUCAAGUUGCUGGGCUGGUCUUUGAACCCAAAAACCUGGUGUUAAACUGAUAAGUGGUAAAAUGUGACCAGAUGUGUGGAGUCAAUAUAAUUCAUCCCCUGUUUCACCCUAAUUGUGGAUCAGGCCUACUUAUUCAAUUAGGAUACAGUUUAAUUUUAUAAAUAAAAAAAUAAUAUAAAAA